AUGGCGCUAGAAUGUAUCUAUCGUCCCCCAAUGACCAGCCUGGAGACGGAUGCAUCCGUUCUGGCUCGUCUCACACAAAUUGAGGCGCGCCUACAAGUCCUCGACCAAGGUCGAACAGAUCCGGGUUCUGCCGGCACGCCUCUGAUUGUCAAUACUUGGCCAAAGAUACCAUCGUUCCACCACGCUGCCGCUCACAAAAUGUUCAAUUACUGGGCACACCUGACCGUGAACCUCCGCAUCCCUGGCUUGGAGCCGCUUAAAUACGUCGGCCGGGUAGACGACAAUGAUACAGGUCUUUUUAGUUCGACUUUCGAACUCCCCAUUCCUGCAGAGGUCCCUGUUUCCACCGUGCUCAAAUCUAUCGACUCCUUGUUUGCAACCAAGGAGGGUUUACCUUUCGUCUUCAGGCAUCUCCUUUUGCACGGUGGACUGUCGCACGAAGUCUGCCGCGACGUGUUUCGCCGAUAUUCGAGCGCGUCUCUGGGUCACGACAUCAUGCUCACCUUCAAGAAACAGCCCAUCGAGGAGCUCGCUGUGCAGGCUCUCGCUCUCAAACAUAGGGCCAUUCAAACAGGGGAGAGGACCGUAGGUGAUCAAGCAGAUGUCUCUUUCCGCCAUGCACUCCAACAAGUGUGGGUGGUGCAAGCCCACCAAACCCCACAAGCCCUACCAUUCAGAUUCUUGUUGGUUAUCAUGAUGCUCUAUCUGUAUGGUAAACCUCACCAUGCCUUGAGCAUCCUGCAAAACCUUGAAUCUCUCGUUUGGAAUACCGCCCCAAGACCUGACGAAAAUCCUGCUGUCAAAGCUCAGUAUGAAGCUUACCUGUAUCUGUUCUAUAUCCUGGAAAGGUAUCUUGGACUGAAUCUUCGCUAUGGGUCUAUUCUAAUGUCGAUCAGCGAUAUCCUGAGCGAAGUAGACGGGGUGCCCUCGGAGCGCCUGCAUUCGCUCAUCGUUGCGGCAUUGACCCGAAGCACAACGAUCGCCCCUCCCAAUCCAUUUGAGAACGAACCGUUCACGGCAUCAGCAGAUAAUUAUAAGUGCCUUGAACUCCAGGCGCAUCUGCAGCUCAGGGCGUACAUGAAUACCAUUCUAGAACAUAUGUACAAACUUGAUCGAGCCUAUUGCCGUCCAGAGGACGUUGAAGGGGUCAUUACCGAGAUUGGACAGCGUUUGGAUAUGUGGUACUGGACCCUCCCCCCGAGUAUGAGAUUUCCACGACACUCGUCAUCCUUCUAUCUGGCAUCAAACGAUUCGUGGCACAUCAUGGACGAAUUGAGAUUUCGAUAUUAUGCUACUAUAUUCCUCGUCAAUCGCCCCAUAUUGUACCAUGUGCUACACGUGAGAUAUCAAAAUGCCGUCACCACCGGCAAUAUCGGCCCCAUUCAGCACGAUCUGAGGCUGGAUCCGUGGGUCUCUGAAUCUUGCCAUAAUUGCGUGCAGAAUGCGACCAUGAUCAUUCUCCUCCACUCAAAAGCGCGUGAAACCAAAGGCCACGAAUAUUUCGAGAGUUGGAGCAACCUUCAGCACCUGGUUGCCGCCUAUGCAAUCAUACUUCAGGUUCAAGAGUCAGCGAUAGCCGUCCUCCUCCAAGGCUACGGAGAUCCAGAUCGCUUACUUGACAUUGCCGAAGCUGUGCUUGAGCAUGGCUUGAACAGGCCUCCCAACAUUCGCGAGACGUUGACUAUCCUCAAACACAUUCGACGAAAUUUCAAGAGGAACACAACAACCAGUCCAUCAACCGACAAUGGCCGUGCUACUUCACCUGUCUACUCUGUGAAGAGCCACCAGAGCAAGCCCAGCAUCCAGAGCUAG